GCAAACCACCCCUCGCCACACACUCUGCUGCCAAUCCACCAAUCAGGAGAGAAAGGCUCCAAGGUGCAGGUGAGGCGGAAGGAGGUUUUUUCUGCUAUUAUUAAGCAGUUUUUUAGGGGCCCGUUCGCUGCUGUUAAUUUGUGAUGGGCCGCGUAAUUUGCUUUGUUUUUUUUCCUGUCCUCUGCCGGCGUCGGCGACAGGAUAAGCGUCGCUUGACCAUCGGAAGUAUCUGUCACUUCAGUCGCUUGCCGAUUACCAAGGAGAUUAGUGUAGUUAGCUCCGUGGCUCCGAACUCGACUGCCCUUCGAAAUGCAAAGCCAAAAAGUGGCACUACUGGGCUCCCCGGAUGAGCCCAUUACAAGAAGCCAAAGCACGGCUUCCAAUUCCGAUACCACGAAUAUUACGGUUCCGCAACGUCCGUCCUCGCCGCGACAGUUUUUCGAAAGGCUCUACGGGCAUUUAGAGACGCGCAGCUCCGAAAGUGGAGGAGACAUAGAUGUCGGCACCCAUGCCCAGGGCCACACCCACAGCCACGGCCACAAGCCGCCACCUUGCGACACGCCUUACCACAGCGACGGCGGGAGCGUGUCCUCGCCGGACAUUUCCAUCAGCGACGAACGCGGAACGCUUCCGGGCUUUUCCGCCUACGAUUUCUACAGCCAGUCCAAGGAUUAUUCGCAGCAUUCGCAGAAGCUGAGCUACGUGAGCCCGCCGCCAAUGAUUAAUCAAGGAGUACCCAAUCCCGUCCUGCAGCAUGGAUUUCCUCCUGGUUUUCCAGGUGACCCGCACUUUAGCGCCGGAUUCUCAGCAUUCUUGGCUCGAAGACGUCGUAAGGAAGGACGACAACGCCGUCAGAGGACCACCUUCAGUACGGAGCAGACCCUGCGGCUGGAGGUGGAGUUCCACAGGAAUGAAUACAUCUCGAGGAGCCGUCGCUUCGAGCUGGCCGAGACCCUGCGGCUGACAGAGACGCAAAUCAAGAUCUGGUUCCAGAACCGCCGGGCGAAGGACAAGCGUAUAGAAAAGGCUCAAAUCGAUCAGCACUACAGAAACUUUGUCGUGGCCAAUGGUUUUAUGAGCUCUAUAAUGGGUCAGACGAGUUACGCGCCUCCUGCCACACCGACCAUGCCUCCCGGAGGCGUUGCAGUCGGCGUCGGCUUGGGGUACUAUGCGACGCCAGCAGUGACGCCGACGUCGCUGCCGAAGGAUAGCACGCAGGAUAACAGCGACCACUACAAGCAACAAAGCCAACAACAACCACAACAACAACGGCAACGAAGCAGAGAAACGCCAACGCUUAUUAACACAUGCUAGCAUUAUUAAAAGAUAACUAUUAUUAGUUUUAAUUGAGCUUUAAACCGUUUAGAUUUAUGUAGCACCUUACUGAAUAAACAUAACUGAUGAAAUCGGAGAUGCGUAAAUAUCUCCUCGGAAAACCAACUUAUUACUCACGAGUAUGUGUGUUAAAUGA